GUUGUUGACACUCGCAUCACGACGAAUGUUUUUAGAAUUUCAUAAAGGAAUAUUAAUUGAGGAAGAAAUUUUGCGAGCACCGAACUGUUUGGAAUUGUUUUAACAACUUCCAAUUACGACACAUGGACCGGACUUUCUGUGGCCAGUUACUUCUGGUAGGGGAGGGGGAUUUUUCCUUAUCAGUAUCUCUUCUGGACUGCCUACCUCAGACUUUGUGGGGAAAUAUCACGUCUACCAGUCUUGAGACAGAGUCAAGUAUACUGAAACACAAGAGUGCAUCAGAUAACAUAAAGUGGCUCACACAGCAAGGUGUAAAUGUGUAUUUGAACACAGAUGCUACUCACCUUAUAAGCCAGGAAAAAAUAAGAACUAAGAAAUACAGUAGAAUCAUCUUCAAUUUCCCACAUGCGGGUGGUAAAUCAAACCACAAGAAAAACCGCAAGCUAUUGAAAGAUUUCAUCUCCAGUGCUGUUGAAGUAUUGGAUGUUGGAGGUGAGAUUUACGUUACUCUGUGUAAAGGACAGGGUGGGACUCCGGCAGAUAACCCCCGCAGAAAAUGGCCUGACAGUUGGCAGGUGGUUGCCAUGGCAGCUUGUGCUAAUUUAGUCCUUCAAGAAAUUGUUCCUUUUCAUGCUGACAAACAUUCCGAGUACACAUCUACAGGCUUUAGGAGUCAAGACAAGGGAUUUAAUACAGAGGGAGCUCUAACACACAUCUUUGUUCGUACUGAACCCAUCCCCAUCCCAGACGGGAACAUAAUAGAGCACCACAAAAUGACCUGUCCUUGUAAUAAAUAUGUACAACAAAAAAUAUCAAGACAACUGCACAGGGAAGAUGGAAAUCCAGUGUGUUAUCUUUCACAAAAACUAGAAGAACUAAACAAGAAGAUUAACUUCCAGAUUGUUGAGGAUGUCUGGGAUCCUACAAUAAGGAAACCCUCUUACUGUCAAUGUCAGAUUCCAGAAAACUGUAGUGAGGAUGAACAGGAAGCAAAAUUAUCCACGUUAGGGGCACCACAACAGAAUGGUCACCAGAGUUUCCCCGAGGAAUUACUAUUGGGGCAUCCCACCUUAUGUUCCCUCCAAAGACUUGUGGAUGUUCCUGUUAAAUUGGAGUGUCUCCCAGUUAUGCAUUAUAUGAUUGGGUGUAUUCCUUCACCUAGUGAUUCAAUGCUCUUUCAAAAUGUAAAUGAAUUUUUAGGUGGUAUAUCCAAUGGAACAUGCAAAAUUGAAAUAUCAGAUACUCAAAUUCAUAUAGAAACCCAUUUUACUAAUGAGAAAAUCUCUCAUGAAAUAGGACAUGUAUUUUCUCAUACAAAAGAUGACACAGUAUAUGACAUAUUCUCUUUGAAUCUGGACAAAUUAGCAGUUCUGUUGUUCCAACUGCCAAAUAUUCGAUUACUGUGGUCAGUAGACAGUCGAGUUGUGGAGGUUUAUCAGAGGAUAUUGAGUUCUGACCCCCCACUUCUCCUCCCAACCAUAAGUCUCUAUCCCCUCCUAUUCUCCCAUGAUAUCAGUUUCUGGGAGAACAGCCAGCUUCCAUUCAAUGAAGCUGAUUUUUUAUCUGUAAUUCGAGAAGUUUGUGGAGAUCUUGUCGUGUGUGUAGAACUCCUGGACAGAUUCCACAGUGUAGAACUGAACAAAGUCAGUAGGUGCUAUCGCUUGCAGUUCCAGGCUUAUGACAGGGCUCUAAGUUACGAAACUUCCUGGAAAAUCCAGAGUCACCUCAGACUGUGUGUAGCCAGUGUAAUGAAGGUGGAACUCAGGUGAACAAAGCUAGCAGGUGCUACCACCUGCAGUUCCAGGCUUAUGACAGAGCUCUAAGUUUUGAAACUACUUCCUGGAAAUUCCAGAGCCACCUUAGAUUGUGAAUAUGUAAUGAAAGUGGAACUCCGGUAGUAACUACCGGUACCUGAAAAUGUAUGCAAGUAACCAUGGAGGAAGAAAUUCCCUAUAUGAGACUUAUUUCAAAUGUGCUUUUUAAAAUUCAUGUAUGUUGCUGGGCAUAUAAUAAAUAAAGAGGUAAACACAU